AGAGAGCAGCCUGAAUGUUAAUCUGCAUCCGGCCUAUUCAUUUAGAUGCUGUGCGCUGCCGGGGAGAUUUGACUUGGUAAAAGCUUCAGCUCCAGCAGAUACAAACCCAGGGCUUGAUACUCUGUUUUAUUUCCCCCCCUCCCCUGAGCCCUCGGCGGCAGCGAUCGGGGGACCCGGAGCCCCUCGGCGAGCGGACGCUGCUCAAGAUGUGCCCUACUUUGGAUAUUCCUGCAUUGAAUGUCUGAGGAGCUCCAGCCGAUCCUGAGCCAUGUCGCAGAUGUUGCACAUAGAGAUUCCCAACUUCGGGAACACCGUUCUGGGCUGCCUGAACGAGCAGCGGCUGCUGGGGCUGUACUGCGAUGUCUCCAUCGUGGUGAAGGGCCAGGCCUUCAAGGCUCACCGGGCGGUGCUGGCCGCCAGCAGCCUCUACUUCCGAGACUUGUUCAGUGGGAACAGCAAAAACGCCUUUGAGCUGCCGGGUACCGUCCCCCCCGCCUGCUUCCAGCAGAUCCUCUCCUUCUGCUACACCGGGAAGCUGACCAUGGCCGCGAGCGAGCAGCUGGUGGUGAUGUACACGGCGGGCUUCCUGCAGAUCCAGCACAUCGUGGAGAAAGGCACGGACUUGAUGUUCAAGGUCAGCUCGCCCCACUGUGACUCUCAGACCACCAUGAUCGAAGACCCCAGCUCGGAGCCGCAGAGCCCCUGCAACCAGCUGCAGUCGGCCUCGGCGCCCUACGUCAUGUCCCCCUCCAUGCCCAUCCCGCUCCUCACGCGCGUCAAACACGAGAACAUGGAGCUGCAGGCGGCCGCCCUGCCCGGCGGGCCUGGGAAAAGGCCCCUGGAACCCGGCGCCCGGGACGGGGCCGCAGGCGGCGGCGCCAACGCGGGGCCCCUGAAGCUCUCCCGCGUGUCCUACUACGGGAUGCCCAACCUGGCCACCCUCAUCCCCAACGUGCAGCAGGUGCAGUACUCGCAGGGGGAGCGGACGAGCCCCGGCGCCAGCAGCAUUCCCACCACCGACAGCCCCACCUCCUACCACAACGAGGAGGACGAGGAGGACGACGAGGCCUACGACACCAUGGUGGAGGAGCAGUACGGGCAGAUGUACAUCAAGUCCUCGGGAGGCUACUCUGUUGCUCAAGAGAAGCCGGAGCAGAUCCCGCUGGAGAACCGCUCCUGUGUCCUCAUCCGACGGGAUCUUGUUGCUCUCCCAGCCAGUCUUAUCAGUCAGAUCGGAUACCGCUGCCACCCAAAACUCUACUCGGAGGGAGAUCCUGGAGAAAAACUUGAGCUCGUUGCAGGCUCGGGCGUUUACAUCACCCGGGGGCAGCUGAUGAAUUGCCACUUAUGUGCCGGUGUCAAACACAAGGUCCUCCUGAGGCGUCUCCUGGCCACCUUCUUCGAUCGGAACACACUUGCCAACAGCUGCGGAACUGGAAUCCGGUCCUCCACGAGCGAUCCCAGCAGGAAGCCCUUGGACAGCAGAGUCCUUAAUGCAGUCAAAUUGUAUUGUCAGAAUUUUGCCCCGAGCUUUAAGGAAAGCGAGAUGAACGUGAUCGCGGCCGACAUGUGCACCAACGCCCGCCGCGUCCGCAAGCGCUGGCUGCCCAAGAUCAAGUCCAUGCUGCCGGAAGGGAUGGAGAUGUACCGCACCGUCAUGGGCUCCACCACAAACAGUGUCCCCCUGGAUCCCGAAUUCCAGCCCAACACUGCUCAGGUCUUCGAGCAGCGAAUCUAUGCAGAAAGGAGGAGCGACUCGGGAACUAUAGUAGCCUUGAGAACUAACACAGUGAAUGUAGAGCUGAGCAACGGAUCCAACCAGUCCUUCGAACAGAGCGAGGACGCCGAGGGGGCCGGCUCUGUCAUACAGGAGGCAGCUGCCACAGAUGCCAUGGCAUCGGAUACCCAAAGCACUCCCCAACCUUUUGAACAAGGUUCGGGCUCCUCCAGCCGGCCCGAGACUCCCGUGAGAAGACAAGAUGGUACUUACGGAGGGACUUUAUAGAGAGAGCAAACAUUUCAUGACCUAUAAGGGAUCUGUAAUACUAAAGCUGCUUGCAUGCAUUACUAAUACAAAACAAAAAAAAAUGUGAUCAAGCCACUUACCUACUGAACUGCUACUGUUGCCUGAAAAAAAUGUGAUUUUUAUUCUGCUUGUAUUUAAAAUUUAUGAAGGAAAUAAUCGCAUUCGUUAUACUGUAAACGACUAGGUCUGUGGCGACCUACUUAAAAAAAUAUUGGGCUCCUUUUUUGAUAUUCCUGAGGUUACUCUAUAAGAUUGUAGCUUUUUUUUUUUUUUCCUUUUUCCGUUCUUUUCCUUUUUUUUUUUUCUUUCUCGUUUUGUUUCAAGAAGGGGAGGAGAAAAGCUAGCCACCCCCCCACCCACCACCACCCCGUCAUCACCCCAUCCAUCACUCAGCUCAGAAGUAAAGCCAUCGUUAACCUUGUCCUCUAAGGGAAGUUUUGUCACUGAACAGGAAAGCGAGGUGUGUUCGGGUGCAGGUGCUGUGACUGGCCGUGUUUGUCUCUGGAAGGGCUCGAGCCAAGUGGGACAGGGUGGGGGAAAUCUGGUGUCAGAGGGAGAGCCCCGGGCCGUGGGUGCUGCGGGGCUGGGCUGCGCUGCUGUUGUCCCGGGGAGUUUCAUCCAGCUCCCGGGAGCUGGGAAGGUUCCUUGGGAGUUCAGGCUGGCACGUGUCGGGAGGACUGUGUGGGAUGCAGGUGGAGAGCCUGGCCGGAGUUGUGGUUGUUGUUGGUUUUUUUCCCCAAUACGGCUGGGGUUGGGUUUGGUUUCUCCCUCCCUCCCUCCCUCCCUCCCUCCCAGCUGCUCCUUUUCCUUUGCUUCUCCGCGUUUGCACCUUCGCGUCACCUGCUCCCGGGCGGACGGGCUCGUGUCACCCCCCUGCACCAGUGCAGGUCCUGGGGGCACCUCCUAGGGGGGAACACCCCCUCCUCAGUGCCUGUGAAGGGAUUUAGGGAGGAAUCUGAGCAUGGAAAGCACGUUGUUCUUGCUCCAAAGGGCACGGAGCCGGGAGCUCUUGGCAUCGGCUCCCAGCGGUGUCUGCACCAGAGGCUGCACCGCUGCAGCCACCGGCGUGCAGGGCUCACCCUCUGCCCCCUCCCUCCUCUCCAGGCCAACCAGGCUCUUGGCUUUUAAUAAUUUGAAGUGUAUUGAAUGCAAAAUUUUUUAAAAAACCCUCUAGAUUUGUGCCCUUCUGUGAAGAGGUUUUGGGGAGGAGGAAGCGUUUUGCCUCCUGCUCCCCCUCCGACAGCCCCUUCUGGGGAAAACCCAAUGUGGAGUUAUUUCGUCUUUGUUUUUGUUGUUGCAGGCUGAUGUCCCCAGGCUGUGGUGGCUUUGGUGGCCCCAGCUGGCCCUGGGAUGGGAACUGUGGAUGUCCCUGGAGUCUGGUGGGCAGCAGGUACCAGCUCUGCCCCUGCAAACCCCGAAGUGACCGGAGUCCUUUCCACAGAUCCGGCUCCAACAGGACCCUGUGGUUCCACCCAGAGUGCUGGGGCUGGGCUGGAGGACCCCGGGCACCCACAGGGAUGCCAAGGCCAGGGUGCCCCCAGGGGAUGGGGGCAGUGACGUGAAAGCCAAGUUUGGCUUUUUCCUUUUUUUCUUUCCUUUUUUUUAAUGCUGAUUAUUUUUACUGUGACUUAAUGACCUGCUUUAAUGACAUUUGCAGCUUGUUCUUUAACACAUUUGGGACUAGGAACAAGGUGCACAAAGAGUCACUUUUUGGCUGCUGUGGCUGUGCUCCUCUUUUCUUCCCUGCUUUGGUUCCCGAAUCCAGACAGCGCUUUUGCUCAGGGUUUUCUUCCUUCUUUGUAUUUCCAUUGGGAAAGGGGGAGCGGGGAGAGGAUAACCCAACUUUUGGCCAUUUUGUUUUGUUUUCUUUGAUACUUGAAGCAGUUUUUUGCAUCGUAAUAACAAGGUUGCCCAGCCUGUGCCACUGCUCCUGACACAAAAAAAUCAGCGAUGGGGGAGUUCCUGCCCCAUGUCUUGCACAGCUUGUGGGUUUUGGCACAGCUUGGUGGGGGGACUGUGACACCCUGGACCAGGUGUCAGGGGGCUGAUGCUGGUGGAGAGGUGUGGGAUGCUUUGGAAGAGUGGGAAUGAGCACAGCCAGGGGCUCUAUUUGCACUUUACCCACAUCACUAAACGAAACUGGGGACCACAGGGCUGAGCUCGGGGUGGGCUUUGUCCCCAGCCAUCCCCAGCCCUCCUUGGCCCUGGGGGUGUCCCCAUGCCCCCCACAGCGGCUGCUGGAGGGCACCUUGGUGGGGCUCAGGGGGUCAGGUUUGGCUGAGGACCCUCCUGAUCCCCAAAAGUUUGGGUUUGCCAAAAGUUUUGAGGCAAGCUGGGAGCGGAUCCGGGUGUCAGAGAUCAGAAGUCGUCCCUUCUGUGUGUGUCUGUGUGCAUAUAUAUAUAUAAAUAUAGAGAGAAAAGAUAUUGCAAAGGAUUCCUCCUCCUUUUUAGCACUUGCUGGGGGUGGGGAGCAGGCUGAGCCCCCCCAACUGGGGGCUGCACUUGGCUGUAGGGAUUAAUUCUGGACCAAACCUGUUCCCAGACAGCCAGCAGGGCCUCCAGGGGGGCAGCAGCAAAGUACUUGAAUGGCUUAGGACAGAGAGUCUGGAGAGAGUCAAGUUGCACAGUGAAAAUAUAUAUUUUUAUACCUAGCACAACUUCCUGUAUAUUUUGGGGGUUUUUUUCUUUCUUUUUUUUUUUUUUCCUUUCCUCUUUUUUUUUUUUUUUUUGAUUUGGGUUUGUUUUAUUAAUUAUUAUUAUUGUUAUUAGGAAGGCAAACUUCUAAAAUGUGAAGGGCGUUGGGUUUUUCCUUAUCUGGUAGAUGAGGGCAAGCAUUUUGCACUAAUGUUUCCUGUGUGUGGAGGAUUAAUGAUAUGUUUGAAAAUGUUAUAUGGUAAUGAUUGUAUUCUUCCGAGAAAAAAAAAAAAAACAGCGAAAAAAAGCAAAAAAAAAAAAUAACCCCUUUAAAACACUGAAUGUAAGGUGAGAACAGAGCAGUCCAUCGAUUGUAUGCGGCUUUCCUGAGUGCCUUAGAAUUUUUUGAUCAUUUUUUUUCCAAGGAAAACGGAUUAAGAAGAUCAGAUCAUAACCGACUCCUUCCUCCUCUUUGUUUACGACACUAUUUUAAAUUCUAGAAUUUGGGGCUGCUUUAUAAUGUGAAUAGGAAACUGCAUUCAUCUAGGUCUGACAGUGUAAAAUCAGAGCAUCAGUAUUUAUGGUAUGUCUGCACCUUUAUUCUUAAUGCUUGACUAUUAGCAAUAUUACCUGUAUAUUAUAUAUCUAAAGUUAUACCAAGCACCUUUAAAGAGCGCAGAGUGUAAGCACCCCGUUCCCGCAGCUGCCGUAGUGUAGGACCAGCUCCUCUCCUCCUCGUUAGCGCUAAUUAAAGCACCUCCCCCGCGCUGCCGCUUGGCCGAGGGGCUGCAUGACCCGCACCCUCCGCCGCCCCCCGCGCUGUCCCGCGGGACGGGGACAUUCCCACCCCGGGAUAAUCGGCCUUCCCGCCCCGGUUCCAUCCCCGCUGGAUGGGGCUCGGGAGGAGGGACGGCAGCGGGUCCUUUGGGCCGCCUCCCAUGGUUCGGUUCUUCGAGUUGUGGUUUCCCUCCGGGAAUUCCCUGCAGGGUGCGGAGCCGCCGGGGGGGAGCUGAGGUUGUUGGCACGCUCCGGGGCUCCCAAGGGUUCCACCCCCCCAAAACUGGAAUUGCCCCCCGGCGUUUGGGGGAGCAGAGCCGUGGUCCUCCUCCCAGCCCUCGGCCCCCGGGGUUGUGCUCAGAUCGCUCGUUUUUCUGGAAAUCCCUCGCUGCGAGUGGAGAAGGACCCGUGGGAAACCGGGAUGAGCCCCGGGUGCCUCCCUGGCUGUGUGUGUGUCCCCCCCCCAGCAUCCCAUCGCCAUCCGCAGCCAUCCCGGGAUUCAACUGCUGUUCCAAGUGUUCCUGCUCUCCGAAUCGUCGUGCUGUGAGAAGGGACCCCCGCGCCGGGGCCGGAGGGAGGGGCGGGUGGGACCCCCAGCCCCACUCACCCAGGGAGGGGGGCUGGACUCGAGCUCACUCCCUUUGGAAACCCCUCAACUCCUCCCGUGAGUUUCUUCCACUGUUAAAGCGUUUUGCACACACACCGGAAAAAAAAAAAAAUAUAAUCGUGAUUUUUAUGUCAAGGUAAAAAAAAAAAGCCAAAACUUGCAAUACUAUUUUUAGCAGACGAGAAGAAUAAUAAUAAUUAAAAAAAAAUUAUUAAAUAAAAAAACCAACUUGAGUAUAAAUGUAUAAAUAUUUUUGACUUGAACAUUUGGAUGGCACUUGAUUCAAAUAGAACAUUAAUCCUUUGGACAGAAUGUUUGGGAUAAAAAAAAAAGGACUUAAAGUACAAGGUUGUUUUUAAAGCGUCUUCAUAGGGUAUUAAGUAGUACUGUAAUUCAUGACUGUUAAAAAUACUUUCUGUGCUGUAAGGAAAUCUCACAGUACCACUGAAUUAUGUUCCUCAACUGUCUCAGCCACGAACGAUGCUAGCUUCUUUUUUUUUUUUUAUUUUAUUUUUUAUCGUGCAUUAUUCACUAGUAUUUAUGUGCUCUUACUCUGUAUAGUUCAGACUGUUAUUUUGUAGCCAUGGCUGACACGAUAUAUCAGUAACUAAAAAAAAAAAAAAAAAAAGAGAGAAAAGAUGAAGACC